UCUCCGGACCAGAAGCCCAUGCCCUCCUCAGAAUGUGCCUGCAUCGAAGGCUCUUCAAUAUGACGAAGAAGAGCUCUUCCUCUUCUUCUUCUUCCUCCUCAAUUCAAGCCUUGUAUGACCUCUGUAAAAAGACUUUUACGUCCUCAGGAAACCUCCCACCUUCUUCUAAAGCAACACAAAAGCUCUGCUCUUUAUUAGAUACAAUUGGUCCAGCAGAUGUUGGUCUCAGAGACGAAAACCAAGAGGAUGAUCGAGGUCAUGGUCUUCUUGGACUUAAUUUAUUUAAUAGGGUAGAUCGUUGGGCUCAACCAAUAACUUAUGUGGAUAUACAUGAGGGAGAUAGUUUUACGAUGUGUGUAUUCUGUUUCCCCACUUCCUCAGUUAUUCCACUUCAUGACCACCCUGGGAUGACUGUCUUCAGCAAAGUACUCUAUGGUUCCCUGCAUGUUAAGGCAUAUGACUGGGUGGAGCCUGCCCUGGUCCAGAAAGGCAAGCAAGCAGGUCAUCCAACAGUGAGAUUGGCUAAGUUGGCAGUUGAUAAAGUUCUGACAGCACCUUGUAGUACAUCUGUCUUAUACCCAAAGAGUGGAGGCAAUCUGCAUUGUUUUACUGCAGUCACUCCUUGUGCAGUGCUCGACAUUCUUGCACCUCCUUACUUGGAAGCAGCUGGCAGAAAAUGUACUUACUACCAUGAUUAUCCUUAUUCCACCUUCUCCGCAGAUGGAGAUGAGGUACAGAAUGGAAAAGAAGAGGAUUACGCAUGGCUUGCCGAAAUUAAUACACCAGAUGAUCUGUACAUGCGCUCGGGAACAUACACUGGUCCAGCUAUUCAAACAGAGUAGUAGUUUAGCAAAUAUCGUAUGGCAUUGUUUGGGGUUGAAUUGUGGAAGACGUUCCUCCUGCUGUUAGUUGCAUCUUUUACUCCCUAUAUGUUUUGUUAUGUGUUUGAAUAAUUCCUCAAGCCAAUGUUGCCACCCUAAGUCAGUAUCAAUGUAUAGGAGAGCCCCCAAUCAGUUGUAUCAACUUGUGGCUUUUUCUAAAUCCAUACAGUGCAUAGUGCAUCCGUCUAGUUUGAUGGUGAUUUAGUCUCCAUCAAUUU